CGGGAGCAAGUGUUUCCUCCAGGCUCCGCAGGCUGCCGGGGUUUGUCAACAGUCUCCUGCUCGCACCUCCGACAGGUUCCAGGUUCAGAUCCCCGCUCCCCCGAGGCACAUCGCGGUUCAUCUCAGCUUCUGCAUGGCGGCGGUGCAGAACUAACCCGGCGGGCUGGAGCCGAGCUUUCAAUAAAAAAAAGCAAGAAGCCCCCCCCCACCCCUAUUUCGAUGCCAUCCCCGAUGGAGGGCUCCUCCAGAGAAGAGGACCUGUUCACUGUGAAGCACGAGCUGAAACAUGCCAACCUGACGGGCCAUGUAGAGAGGGUGGGCAUUGAAAACUUUGAGCUGUUAAAGGUGCUGGGCACAGGAGCGUACGGCAAAGUGUUCCUGGUGCGGAAAGUGAGCGGGCACGAUGCGGGGGAGCUGUAUGCUAUGAAGGUCUUGAAGAAGGCCACCAUUGUACAAAAGGCAAAAACUGCUGAGCACACACGCACAGAGCGGCAAGUGCUGGAGCACAUCCGCCAGUCCCCGUUCCUCGUCACGCUCCACUACGCCUUUCAGACGGACACCAAGCUGCACCUCAUUCUUGAUUAUGUAAAUGGCGGCGAACUCUUCACACAUUUGGUGCAAAGGGUGCGAUUCAAAGAGCAAGAGGUGGCCCUGUACAGUGGAGAGAUAGUGCUGGCACUGGAACAUCUACACGAGCUUGGGAUCGUGUAUCGGGACCUGAAACUUGAGAAUAUUCUGCUGGAUUCAAGUGGUCAUAUAGUUCUCACAGACUUUGGCCUCAGUAAGGAAUUCGAUCAGGAGGACAGGGCCUUCUCUGUCUGUGGCACCAUUGAAUACAUGGCUCCGGAGAUUCUGGAGGGAGGAGAGUCUGGACAUGAUAAGGCGGUGGACUGGUGGAGCCUCGGUGUGUUGAUGUACGAGCUUCUGACCGGAGGAUCCCCCUUCACAGUGGAUGGAGACGAGAACUCUCACACAGACAUCGCCAAGAGGAUCUCAAAGAAGGAUCCUCCGUUCCCCAAAGACAUGGGACCUCUCGCCAAAGACCUCAUCCAGAGACUCCUCAUCAAAGAUCCAAAGAAGAGAUUAGGCUCAGGUCCGAAUGGAGCAGAGAAUAUAAAGAAACACCCUUUUUACCAGAAAAUUAACUGGGAGGACUUGGCAGCUAAGAAGAUGCCUGCUCCCUUCAAGCCGGUGAUUCGGGACGAGCUGGACGUCAGCAACUUCGCAGACGAGUUCACGGAGAUGGACCCCACCUACUCCCCCGCAGCGCUGCCUCAGAACUGUGACCGCAUCUUCCAGGGCUACUCUUUCAUGUCCCCUUCCAUCCUGUUCAAGAGGAAUGUGGUGAUGGACGACCAUGUCCAGCUGUGUGGGGGCUCCGAGAGGCCCGGCUCUGCUGCGGUGGCCCGCAGCGCCAUGAUGAAGGACUCUCCCUUCUACAUGAGCUACGAGAUGGACCUGAAGGACAGCGCUCUGGGAGAGGGGAGCUUCUCCAUCUGCAGACGCUGCACGCACAAGAAGACGGGACAGAAAUACGCAGUCAAAAUUGUCAGCAAGAGAAUGGAAGCACAGACGCAGCGGGAGAUAGCGGCCCUGAAGCUCUGCGAUGGCCACCCCAACAUUGUCAAGUUACAUGAGAUUUACCACGACCAGCUCCACACGUACCUGGUUCUGGAGCUGCUCGGUGGAGGGGAGCUGCUGGAGAGGAUCCGCAGAAAGCAACAUUUCAGUGAAACGGAGGCCAGUCGCAUCAUGCGCAAGCUGGUGUCAGCUGCAAGUCACAUGCAUGAUGUAGGAGUGGUGCACAGGGACCUUAAACCAGAGAACCUGCUCUUCACAGACGAGAGCGAGAACUCUGAGAUAAAAAUCAUAGACUUUGGCUUUGCACGCCUCAAACCACCAGACAAUCAGCUCCUGAAGACUCCCUGCUUCACGCUGCACUACGCUGCACCAGAGAUACUCAAAUACGACGGCUACGAUGAGUCCUGCGACCUCUGGAGUCUGGGGGUCAUUCUGUACACCAUGCUGUCGGGUCAGGUGCCUUUCCAGUGUCAGGAGAAGAGCCUGAGCCACACCAGUGCCGAGGAGAUCAUGAAGAAAAUCAAACUGGGGGACUUCUCUUUCGAGGGAGAGGCCUGGAGGAACGUGUCGCAGCAGGCCAAAGACCUCAUACAAGAGCUGCUGACGGUGGACCCAAACAAGAGGAUUAAAAUGUGCGGCCUCCGUUACAACGCCUGGCUCCAGGACGACAGCCAGCUGUCCUCCAACCCACUCAUGACCCCCGACAUUCUGGGCUCCUCCACUGCCUCCGUCCACACUUACGUCAAAGCUACCUUUAAUGCAUUUAACAAAUGUAAGCGGGAAGGUUUCCGCCUGCAGACGGUGGACAAGGCGCCGCUCGCCAAGAGGAGGAAGAUGAAAAAGACGAGUACCAGCACAGAGACCCGCAGCAGCUCCAGCGAGAGCACCCAUUCCUCCUCCUCCUCCUCCCAGUCUCAGGAGAAGACUUUUACCGAGGGCGACACCAACCCGCAGCCCCCCAACAGCACGCCUCUCACAACCCCUGUCAACACGCCCGUGGCCCUGGGAACAGACUCUGAGCACCAACCGGCGCCUCCAGCUUUUCACUUCACAGAAGGACAGUGAGACAACGAGAGGAAAAAGGGAGAUUCAGACAGUUUUUUGGUGAACAGCAGGAAGGCUCAGACCGGCGUACAGACGGCUCUCUUCUCCUUUUCUCUGUCCCUGGCAGCUCUCUGCCUCUGGCUCAAUUUGCAUGGACGUCUGCAAGUCUCCAAAACCAAGCAUGCAACAGGAGCGGCAAUCGUCACCUCAGUAUCAAAUCAAUCAAAACCAUCUCUAGCAAUAGCCUGUCACUUUCUUUCUCGUUUCCCUUUACACACAGACUCUAUCAAUCAGGGACUGGACCAGGAAGAAAUUGUCAGCGGUGUCCAAAAUGAAAAAGGGCUGACCUCCUGCCGCACGUCCAGACAGACAACGGGGAGACACCUUCAGUCUCGUCAUGAAAUCAUAGCUCUGUCCGCUCCAUUCGCCCGUGUUGGUCGACAGCUCCAGAGGUUUCAAAGGGAAAGUCGCAGUGUUUACACCAUGGAUGCUUUGUGUUCUUUUGUCAAAGGGAAAGAAGAAGAAAUGCAACGUGCUGCAGCGUAACGUAAAGAAACGUGGGUCCACGAAGUCUCUGCAAGAAGGAGCAGGGUAUUUAUAUGUGAAUUUUACAGACUGAAGUUUAUUUAUAAUGAGCUAUAUUGUUAACUUAUUUAUGGUUCAGAGAGAUCUGAAAAGAAAUAAUGGAUAGAAGAGAUAUUUUAUGUUUGUACAUGUGUGGUUCCCUGUCAGCUCAAAAGACUGUUUCCAUGUAGUCAGGUGGUUGUUCACAUGUUGUGUAGUCUCCGGACAUCAAUGCUUCUAGUCAGACACUUCUUGUGAGACAGAAAACGCAAAAAGAGAUUAACACCAUUAGCCCCUGGGUAAUGGUGGUAAACCAGUUUGUUGAAUUUAUGUAACAGACUUUAAAAAAACAAAACAUAUUUAUGAAGCCUGGUGAAUUUUGGGGUUGAACUGCACCUGUGUCCAGUGGUCAAAAAAAGUCAAUUUGCUUGAAGAAGCAAAAGUGAACAUGUUUUUGUAGAAAACAACCAAAUGUGGACGUGGUGUGUUCAAAGAGAAUCUGUGUUUUAUUGUUGUACGGGGGAAACUGCUGUCAGAGGAGAUGUGGAGAAGAAGAGGAGCUAUAUUUAGAGUUAUGAUGCACCGCUGCUGCUGCUGCUCGUCCACACGGUGUGAUCCUUAAAUCAGUGUUUAGCCCAGGCAGUGGAUUUGGCCUUGUGUUUUAUAAAAAUUGAAUUGUCUCACUACGGCCAAUUGGAUUGAGAAGAACGUUACAAACGGAUGAGAUCCUGAUCAGCUUAGCGUCAGGUGAAUGACGCUGAGUCUACUGAGACGCUGAAGGUCAGAUGGAAUCAGUCAGAAACAGGGAAAGUUUAUGUGCCAAAAAAAAUGUGUCAGGAGGAUGGUAAUGUAUUAGAAUAGUUUAAGUGUCACCGUCCUUAGGUCUCUUAAAACUAAUUUAAAAUCGACCCUUUAUAAGAGCAUCCAGGUUUCUGAGGACAGACCUAAAAAAACAAACUGUCCCUUUUUUUUUUUUACUUCUACCACCGACCCCUCGCUUUAUUAACGCUGUUGUACCGCAUGACUGAAACGGAAAUCCUUGCACUGUGUGACAGCUCUCACUUCCAGGGAGAUUUAUCUGGUUGCUAUUCAGCCUCUUUAUUUCUAAAGCAGAUUCUCACUUGAUUUUAAUGUGAGUUUGUUUACUCGCAUAUUUAAAUAUCCCUGAUUGAACUCUGGACUUCUGAAGUUUUACUGGUUCCAGUGGGAUGGAGGUAAACCCCAAAACCCUCUCUUUCCAAUAGCCUGAGUAUUGUAAUGUUACAGAACUGGUAAGUCGGAUAGUUAGGUGAUUUAAAAUGUCAUGCUCGGUUAGUUACUAUUAUUAAUAUUAGUUUGCAAGUGUGUGUUCAUGUCUGUAUCCCUGGUGGUAGUUGAAACGCUGUAUUUACAGGGGUAUUCGUGAUCAGUACGUGAAGUUGCCUAGAGACAGUUUCUCCUGCUUAGUUAGGAAACAAAUUCGUAGUCGGACGACUGUGUGCAUUUGAACACACACACCCUCAUCUUCUUCCAUUUGAAUGCACUCUGACUCCGAACCAAAGCAUUAACCUCAAGGUAGCUUCUCUAAGCUGCAUGAGAUAUUUCCUUUCAUGCAAAUAUGCAAUGAAAUGCUUCAUAUAUCGGGGGGUUCCUGUUUUUGUUGUGUCCAGCUGGUGGAAUAUUUUAGAUGUUUCUCGCACAGAGGAUUUUUAUUGUAUCUUCAGAGGUUCUUUACUGGAUCUACUCUAGAGUAUCCAUGUCCGGGACAUUAUCAUGCUUACAACUAUGCAUCUAUUUUAGCUUUUGUGUUGCUUUAGACAUUAAAUAAAAAAAUACUCAGCUAAUGGGUUCAAACAUAGGGUGUAACACAGAUACUCUACUUUUACACCUGCAAAAUUAGCCACGGCAGAAAUAGCAGCGUUGGUUGCUCGUAUGGAAAAAGCUGGAGCUCUGGGAGCUAAACACUACAAAGUGCUCGUCUAACUCCGUUCACAUGAGUUCCCCCAUCGCUGCCUCAUUAAGCCUCUUUUCUUUUGUUGGGGUGUAUAAAUAGCUCAAGUGGAGGAAGAGGAAGAGUGUCCUAUAUUGAGCUCCCCUCGGGGAGCCAGGCUCUAUUAGCUGAUGUGCUGCAGUGCAGUUUUUUUUUUUCCAAAGAAAAUACCGUGCUCCACUCACUGCCUCUGUGGGACCCGGCUCACUGUCUUUGUAGGGAAAAUACCAGUGUAACACAGGAAAGGGUUAGUUUAGUACCAGAGCCUCUUGGGGCUGGUUUUCAAUCAAGCGUCCUCCCUUUGAUGAACAGUCAGUGUUCGACGUGUCACUCUGAGCGGAGGGGGAGGGGGGGUGGGGGGGGAUUGUUUCAAUUCGCUGGAACUUGAAUGAAAAGAUCCUGGUCUGCCGACAGUGCUUCCUCUUUUUUUUAAAGGUUGACGGCACCGCACCUCAUGAGCUAAACCUUUAUACCUUUUUGCAACAUGAAUUCGAGGGCUGAGAGUUUUAACCUGUUUUGUAAAAACCAGUGGCUGAUUUUACCUGUUUUAGAAUCAACAGAUCCGGCUUUGGGACGUUUUGAGUCGACACAUCUGUAUCGGGUUGUGUGUGCUCAAGAGCCAGAUGUGGUUGCCAAAGCUAAAAGUACUUGUUGUAUGUGAAACAAUGUCACUUGCUCAUGUGUUUGCAGUUAUCUUGUAAAGUACUUUUCAACAGAUGUGGCCGGGGGGGGCGGGGUUUUUAAACUUUGGUCAGCUUUCAGUUCAGGAUCUUGUGGAGCUGUCCAUGGUGCUGAAAUGGCCAAACCUUUGGUGGUGCUGCAUCAUCAAUCAUCAAUCAUCAUCAUCAUACCAGUAAUAAUAAUGAUCCUUUAAAUCAGUGAGUACCAGGAGUACUUGUGAUGUCUUUUGGGUACAUGUGAAGUAGAAAAACCAAGAUCUUGGUUAAGAGAAAGAAAUACUAUAGAAUACCAGUUGUAAUGGACAAAGAGCUGGAUGUUUUAAAUGAAUGACAAAUAUUUCCAGCUUCUGACCCAAGAUUUGGUCGAAAAUAUUGAAAUUAUACUUGAAAAUUGAAGAAACUAAAUAUCCAAAGCCUUAACAUAAAAAAAUGUAGGAUUGCUGUCAAUUAUAAGAAUAAAAACAAGAAUAUACAUCCACAAUAAUAUAAUAUAACUGUAUGUGGACCCAGAUAAACAAAUAAGAAACCAUUGCUUAAAUAAUCAGUUGGAAAAAUAUAAAUAAAAAUAAUAAUAAAUACAUUAAUAUUAAAAUA